CCUCUCCGAUGUUGUAACGGCUGCUUGGUAUACACUCCCUCGUGCGCUGCUAAUCUCGAGUUCGUUCAGUCCAGGGAGCUGCGGUUGAGAGCUGCGAUUGCCAUUGUAGUUUUGGGUUCAUCGAGCUUAAUUGCACUGCCUGAAGAGCGACGUCUAACAUAGGGGCUGAGUGAGUCCUCCAGGUUUGAAAGGUUCAAACUCUGUGACCCGCAUGUGUAUCUUCUGAGAAGUCGGCGGCAGGGUGUUUCGCCGUCAUCAGGUGGGCGAGAGUUUGGCGAAGUCGCGAUUGAAAUAGUUUGGUCUCCCGCUCUUUUGUUCGCUGGAAAAGAAGUUUCUGGUAUUUUGUCAUGGCUCCAUGCAUUCCUGGUUCUGCCACAAGCGAGUUAUCCGAGCAGCUUCAAGGCACUAGAGAGAAAAUGCCUUCUGUGUAUAUGGAGCAGGAGCCAAUCUUGGCUGAAAAUCCGGGUCGAUUCUGCAUGUUUCCCAUUAAAUACCCACAAGUAUGGGAGAUGUAUAAAAAGGCUGAAGCUUCAUUUUGGACAGCUGAGGAGGUUGAUCUAUCAGCAGACUUGAAGCACUGGGAAGCUUUGACCGACAACGAACGUCACUUCAUCAGUCACGUGUUGGCUUUCUUCGCAGCGUCUGAUGGUAUCGUGCUUGAGAACCUGGCCGUGCGCUUCAUGAAAGAGAUUCAAAUACCCGAGGCCAGAGCAUUCUAUGGGUUUCAGAUUGCGAUUGAAAAUAUCCACUCAGAAAUGUACAGCUUGCUGUUGGAGGCGUACAUAAAGGAUCAGUCUGAGAAGCAUAGACUUUUCAAUGCGAUUGAGACUAUCCCGUGCGUCACUAGGAAAGCCGAAUGGGCUCUCAAAUGGAUUGACAGCUCUGGGAGCUUCGCAGAGAGAAUUCUAGCCUUCGCUUGCGUGGAAGGAAUUUUCUUCUCCGGAAGUUUCUGUUCCAUAUUCUGGCUGAAAAAGAGGGGCCUCAUGCCAGGGCUUACUUUCUCCAACGAGCUUAUUUCACGAGAUGAGGGUCUACACUGCGAUUUCGCAUGUCUCCUAUACACCUUGCUCAAUAACAAGCUGUCCGAGGAUAGAGUCCAUGAGAUAGUUUGCGAAGCUGUGGACAUUGAACGGGAAUUCGUCUGUGAAGCCCUUUCCUGUGACCUUGUGGGCAUGAACAAGAUCAUGAUGAGUGAGUACAUUGAUUUCGUGGCGGAUCGGUUACUGGUAUCACUUGGUUACAACAAAAGAUACAAUGCCCGCAAUCCUUUCGAUUGGAUGGAACUCAUCUCCUUACAAGGUAAAACCAACUUUUUUGAGAAACGGGUGGGAGAGUACCAGAAGGCCUCAGUGAUGUCCCACUUAAACGGCGGUGACAACCACGUGUUCAGAUUAGAUGAAGACUUUUAGAUUACCACGGACAUUUUGACCUUGCACAGAGCUAGCCUCGUGCUGAUCAUCUCGUUGGAAUGAUCCACCGUUUUGUACAAUAUGAACAUUCUUUGACCAUUACAUACCAGUCUUUAGCGUAAAAUCUCUAAGACCAAUGCCGCUCGUGUAACGUCCGUGAAUUUCGUACAUGAGGAAUUGAGGGAUCCCAUCAUCUAAAGUAUGCUCUAACCUUGUUAGAGAUAUAAUUAACAUCAUCUGGAUUACAAA